AUGAGAUCUAAUAAGGUAAAAGAGAAAGUGGUACUUAAAGAUGAUGAAGUGGCUAAGGAUUUUGGAAACAAGGAGCAUGUCGAUGACACUUGGCAAGACGAUGAGUUUUUUAAGAAGAUGUUUGCUAAGAAGGCUGAGUCUGAGCCAAUCGUCUCAGAAAAAUCUAAAAAGCUAGAUAAGAAGUUCAAGAAGCUACAUUUGUUCAUGAAGUCUAAGGGGAUUGACGGAUAUGUUGACCUGGAUGAUGAUGAUGAUGAGGAGUUAGAGUUGAAACAAGUUCCCCUACCUCCUCCUGUAAUUUCACUAAAGAAUUGCGAUCAGAAUGCUUAUUGUCACUUCCACCAAAGCAAGGGUUAUAUUACCGAUAAUUGCUUGCGGCUAAGGCAUGAGAUCAAAGAUCUAAUCGAUAAUGGCAAAGUGACUGAUCCUGAAAAAUCAAGGCCUAGUACGAGGACUAAUCCAUUCCCUAGUUUUAGAAACAUUCUGCCUCCUAAGAACUUAUAUAUGGUUGAGUCUGGAAAGACUCUUGAGGACGUGUUGGCCGAGUUUGAAGAAGGGGAGGAGGAAAGGGAGAGAGAGAUGUCGUUGAAGGAUAGUCCAAGACAUCCCCUCACUAUCACCUUUUUUGAUGAUGAACUUCCUCCCGAAGGAAGGAAUCACACCAAGGCACUGUUCAUAAAAGCUGAGGUUAGAGGGAGAGUGACCGGAAAUGUGAUGAUAGAUAAUGGGUCUGCCCUGAAAGUGUGUCCUUUAAAGUUGCUUUCCAAGUUCAAGUUAGAAAUGUCUUAUUUAGAACCUUUUGAUAUGGUGAUUAGAGUAUAUGAUGACUCUAAAAGACAAGUGAAGGGCAUCUUCAAAAUUGUGAUCAAGGUGGGGCCAAUUGAAAAAGAGAUCGAGUUCAUUGUGAUUGAUAUCUCCCAAAAUUUUGCCUUGCUACUUGGGCGCCCAUUGUACCAUUCCUUGGGGGGAGUGCCUUCAACUUUACAUCAGAAAAUCAAGUUUCCAUUUAAUAGGAAAAUCAUCACCAUACCUGCUGCUAAUGAAAGAAGCAUAGCUACGUUAAAUGUGGAUAAGCAGGUUAUCCUUCCAUGGACUGAUUUUCAGAUUACUGUGCUGAGCACUGAUAUGGGGCCCACUGUCUCCAAUAUCAUGAAGAGAAUGAAUAAUGAAGAUUGA